AUCUGCAUCAAUCUGUGUCACAUGCGUUUGUCAUGUUCCUCUCUCGUCUCGUUCACAUUUCAUUCAAUUUAAACACCCAACGGCAUCUCCCAAACACUGUUUAAUUGAGAGCGCGCUUCAGAGUUGUGUUUAGCAAUGGCGCAUUCAAUUUGGUUCUUCUUCUUCGUGUCCCUUCUCUCUCUCUUCGCAUCUCAGAUCUCCGCAAACGAGACUGAAGCCAAAGAGUUCGUUCUCACAUUGGAUCAUUCCAACUUCUCCGAUACCGUUAGCAAUUACAAUUUCAUCGUCGUCGAGUUCUACGCUCCUUGGUGCGGCCACUGUAUGAAGCUUGCUCCUGAGUAUGAGAAAGCUGCUUCUAUCUUGAGUAGCCAUGAUCCUCCAGUUCUUUUAGCUAAAGUUGAUGCCAAUGAUGAAAAGAACAGAGAACUUGCAAACGAAUUUGAAGUUCAGGGAUUUCCAACAAUUAAGAUUCUGAGAAAUGGGGGUAAGGUCGUGCAAGAAUACAAAGGUCCACGUGAAACAAAUGGUAUUGUUGACUAUUUGAAAAAGCAAAGUGGUCCUGCAACAACUGAAAUUAAAUCUGUUGAUGAUGCUAGUGUUAUUAUUGGUGAAAAUAAAGUUGUUAUUGUUGGGAUUUUCCCAAAAUUUUCUGGGGAAGAGUUUGAGAACUUUACUGCAUUGGCAGAGACAUUGCGUUCUGAAUACGAUUUUGGUCACACUUUGGAUGCCAAACACCUUCCUCGGGGAGAAUCAUCAGUGACUGGGCCCGUAAUUAGAUUAUUUAAGCCAUUUGAUGAGCUUUUUAUUGACUUCAAGGAUUUCCAUGUGGAAGCUUUAGAAAAAUUUGUUGAAGAAUCCAGUGUCCCUAUUGUGACUAUCUUUAACAAUGACCCAAGCAAUCACCCGUUUGUUAUCAAAUUCUUUAACAAUCCCCAUGUAAAGGCAAUGAUGUUCAUCAACUUCACUGCUGACACGGCUGAUUCUCUGAAAUUAAAAUACCAUGAAACUGCCGAGCAAUAUAGAAAAGAGGGCAUAAGCUUUCUAGUGGGAGACGUUGAGGCCAGUCAAGGUGCAUUCCAGUAUUUUGGCCUUAAGGUGGACCAAGUGCCUCUAAUUAUCGUUCAACAUAAUGACGGGUCAAAAUUUUUGAAAACUAAUUUGGAACCUGAUCAUAUUGCAACUUGGUUGAAGGCAUACAAGGAUGGAAAUGUUGAACCAUUUAAGAAGUCUGAACCUAUUCCGGAAGUUAACAAUGAACCUGUUAAAGUGGUGGUUGCAGACAAUUUUCAGGACGUAGUUUUCAACUCAGGGAAAAAUGUUUUGCUGGAGUUUUAUGCACCUUGGUGUGGUCAUUGCAAAAAGUUGGCUCCAAUAUUGGAGGAAGUUGCUGUUUCAUAUCAAAGUAAUCCUGAUGUUGUUAUUGCAAAACUGGAUGCAACUGUCAACGAUAUCCCUAGUGAACCUUUUGAUGUACGAGGAUAUCCAACUCUGUACUUCAGGUCAGCAAGUGGAAAGAUAUCACAGUAUGAUGGAAAUAGGACGAAGGAAGAUAUCAUAGAUUUCAUUGAAAAGAACCGGGAUAAACCGGAUCAACAAGAACAAGUAAAAGAUGAGCUUUGAAUGAGGAAUGCAGCUGUUUCUCCGAGUAUAUAGACACACACUAAGUUGUAUGUAGGAUCUCGAAUCUUUUUAGCAUUUAAAUUAACCAUCUUAGUGAGUUUCUUUGUGAACCUUUUACCCUUUCAAUUUUGUCUUCGUUUAUACAUUUUUUUUUCUGAAUAAGA